AAUAUAACACCAGCAUCGAUGUUUGAAGGACCACUGGUAGCUUGGCAGAGCUCUCAAGGAUCCUGCUUAGUGCCCCAAGUAAUCGGUUCCGUGAAGCGCUAGCAGAGAACCUUUUGUAAUAGCGAUAGCAUUGGAUCAAGAUUGGUAGCUCAACCGGCCCCCGUGCAGGUGCCGCAGCGCCGCAGCGGGAGCAAUAGCAGGAAGCCUACGCAGCCGGAGGGGGCCAAAACGGCUGCAUGGACGGCCCUGGCGAGGCGCGAGGACGGCUCCGUAACACACGCGCCAGGCAGCAACAAACAGCAGCAGCUCCAGUCGUCGCAAAGGCCGGCGCCACAAAGGCCAGCAAGGGUAGGGCAGCUGCGGCCAAACAGACCGACGGCGGGGUUGAGCCGGACGCGCCCAGCCCUGCCAUUGACGCAGGGGCGGCGGGCGCGGCGCCGCAGCUGAUGGAGGUCUCACCCGCAGCAGUGGCUGCGGCGGCGGUGGAGGCAGUGGAGGCAGAGGCUGCUGAGCAGCCCGGAAAGCGCCGCACCCGGGCGGCCGCAGCUGCCGCCACACGCGGCGGCAGCUCAGCUGCGGAGCCCACAGCAGCUGGGGCUGGGGCUGCAGGCAGCCGGCGCGGCGCCGCCAAGAAGGGCGCCGGAGGCAAGUCCGCGGCAGCCGCAGAGCCGCAGAAUACCGGCGGCAAGGGGAGCAGCGAUGCAGAGAUGGACGACGCGGUCGGGGCUCACGGCAGCGAGGAUGGAGAGGGCGAAGCCGCUGUCGCAGUUGGGGAGCGCGACACCGGCGCUGGCGCUGUAGCACAGGCCCAGGCUGGCGACAAGGACGGGGAUUCCAGCAAUGAUGUAAUUGUGAUAUCCUCGAACUCUGGGGACGCGGGCGCCGCGGCUGCAGCAGCAGCUGCAGGCGACGACGACGACGAGGAGGAUGACAGCGAUGACGACUUCGAGACGCCGCAGCCGUCACAGCGCCGCUCAGCCGUAGCCGCUGCGGCUGCCGCCACUGGCGCUGGGGCGCGUGGACGUCGCGGUGGUGGCAGGGCCGGAGCGGCGGGUGGGCGCGGGCGUGGACGCGGCCGGGGAGCGGCAGCAGCAGGAGCGGCCGCCGCAGCAGCAGUAGCAGCGCAGGAGGCGGAGGCGGCGGGGGACUCGGAUGUGGUGGUUCUAUCGGAUGAGGAGGCCGAGGAGGGCAGCGACGAUGUGGAGGAGCUGGAACUGGUUGCCGAGGAGGGGGCGGGGGCGGCAGCGGGCGCGGGCGCGGCAGCGGGCGCGGCAGCGGGGCAGAAGGCGGGAACGAAGAGCAAGACCAAGGCGCGGGUAAAGGCCGGGAAGCAGGCCGCCCAGAUGGCGCCAGCGGCGGCUGAGGCUGCAGCUGGCAGCGGCGCAGCGGUGACAGCUGCCGCCAAGCCGAAGCAGCGGCGCGGCAAGAAGGCCGCGCAAGCAGAGGCAGCGGCGGGGGAGGCAGGGCAGGCUGCUGCAGAGGGGACAGAGGCGGAAGGCGGCGGCGGAGUGGGCCGGGGCAAGGGCGGCGGGCGGGGACGUGGCCGCGGCCGCGGCCGGGGCGCCGCCGCGAACGCUGCCGCGGGCGCAGCCGCCGGCGAGGAAGCAGGCGCCAGCGCUGCUGACGGCAGCGCGGCGGAUGGUGAUGCGGCCGCCGGCCGCGGCCGGGGCAGAGGCAGGGGUAGGGGUAGGGGCGGCGACGGCCGGGGCCGCGGCCGCGGCCGCGGCCGGGGCGGCGCAGCCGCCGCCGAGGAGUCCGAGGAUGCGGAUGCCGCCGACGGCGCCGCCGGAGCGGAUGCUGACGCUGAUCCGGACAACGUGUGGGGGCCCUGGAUGAACGACGAUGAGGAGGGCGCUGGGUCGGAGCUGGACGCGGCUGCCAAUCACGCCAAGGACAUGCGCGACCCGCCGCCGGAGCUGCUCAUGCCGCUGCUGCCCUACCAGAAGCAGUUCUUGGCCUGGGCGCUGAAGCAGGAGCAGGGUGGUGUGCGUGGCGGCAUCCUGGCUGACGAGAUGGGCAUGGGCAAGACCAUCCAGGCGAUCUCGCUAAUCGUGACUCACCGCACAGACGACCUCGCGCCCUCCCAGGCCGCAGCUGACGCCGCCGCCGCGGCCGCAGCCGGUGCCAGCGCCGCCGCCGCAGCGGCGGCCGCCGCCAAGGCGGCGGCGCCGCGGCCUCGCAUCGCACUGCGCCGGCCGGGUGCCUUUGACGAAGUCGGCGGCGCCGCAGUCGUCCACGGCGCCGCCGCCUGCGGCCCCGACUGCAGCCACCCGCCAGCUUCCCGCCAGCGGCCCUCCGCGUCAGCUGCCCCGGGCGGGCUGGGUCACGUGGCCAUGGCGCCGUCAACGGACGCGUACGGCAGCGCCGAAGACUACGAGGAGCCGCAGGAGCGGCCGCAGGCUGAGGAGGAAGGGCACAAGGAGGAAGGGCACAAGGAGGAAGGAGAGGAGGAAGGGGAGGAAGAGGAGGAGAAGCAGCCCGGGGAGGAGGUGGCUGCCGGCGCCACGGCGGGCAAGGAGCCUGGCCGCCAGGGUGUGGAGGCAGCGGGGGCUGGCGGGAGCAAGGACGGCGCGGCGGAGGGGGCUGAGCCGGACGACGGGCUGUGUGUGCACCAGCGCGCGCAGCUGCGGGCGGCGGCGGCGGCGGCGGGCAAGGGCGGCGCCAAGGGCAAGGGGAAAGGCCGCAAGCCGCAGCGCUGUGAGAUCUGUGAGGCGAACCUGGCGCCGCGGGCGGACCCGCUGCAGGUGCCUGUCCCCGGAGGCGCUGCCGGCGCGGGUGGUGCCGCCGGCGCCGGCCCCAGCACCAGCCGCGCCGCGCCUGCUGCGCCUGCCGCCGCCGCGGCGCCCGACUACUGCAAGGCCACCCUGGUGGUGUGUCCGGUGGUGGCGAUCAUCCAGUGGCGCGGGGAGAUUGCGCGCUUCACGGCACCGGGCUCGCUCAAGGUGCUGGUCUACCACGGAGCCAAGCGCGGGCAGGUGGCGGGCGGCACGGACGGGUCGUUGCUGCGGGACGCGGACGUCGUGCUCACCACCUACUCCACCAUUGAGAACGAGUUCAGGCGCUUCAUGAUGCCCAGCAAGAUCAAGUGCCGCUACUGCGCCAAGCCCUUCUACCCGGAGAGGCUCAAGGUUCACCUGCGCUUCUUCUGCGGCCCCAACGCGCUCAAGAGUGACGCGCUAGCCAAGCAGCAGAAGAAGCGGGCGCGGCGGGAUGGCGGCGGCAAGGCGGCGGCUGCUGCCGAGGAGGACGGCGAGGACGGCGACGAGGACGAGGAGGAGGAGGAGGAGCCGGCAACCGAUGAGGACAGCGAUGCUGACGCCAUGGAGGUUGACAGCGACGACGUUGAUGAUGACGUCGACGCUGGUGGCAAGGCUGGCAGGCGCGGAAAGGGCGGAAAGGGCGGAAAGGGCGGAAAGGCCAAGGGCAAGGGCAAGGCUGCUGCAGCGCAGAAGGCCGGCAACAACAAGCGGCCCCGCGGCCUGACCGGUCUCAAGUCCAUGCUGAUGCCGGCGGGCGAAGAUGAGGACGCGGCGGCGACGGCCGCCGGCAACGGCAAGGGCAAGGGCCGCGGCAAGAAGGCUGCGGGCGGUGCCGGCGGCGCCGCUGGGGCGGGGCCGAGCAGCAAACGACGGAAGACGGCUGUCGGCGGCAAGGCAGCGGCCGCAGCCGCCGAGGAUGAGGAGGAGGCAGAGGAGGAGGUGGAGGAUGACGAGGCCAAGGCAUGGAGCAAGGCUGCCAAGGCCGCCUCCGCCGCCAAGGCCAAGGCCAAGAAGGCGGCUGCCGGCAUCGACAAGGCCCGGAGCAAGAAGGGCAGCAAGAGCAGGAGCAGGAGCGGCGGCAAGGCUGCCGAGGACGAGGCUGAGGAUAACGAAGAGGCGGAGGGCGAGGGCGAGGAGGGCGGCGGCGGCCGGCCGCGCCGGCCGCGCAAGGCGGCGGCGGCGGCGCGGGUGAAAUCCCGCCGGGCGUCAGCAGCACAGGACGACGAGUCGGAGGGCGGCGGCAGCGGUGGUGGCGGUGAUAGUGACUUCGAGCCACCGGCAAGCGGCGACGAGGAGGAGGAGCCGUCGUCGGAGGAGAGCGAGGCGGAGGAGGACGAGGGUGACUCGGGGAGCGGUGAUGGCGAUGAUGCGGAUGAGGCGGUGGACUUGGUCUCUUCCACGGACUCGGAUUCGGAUGAGGAUGAGGAGGACGAGAGCGAGAGCGAGGACGAGGACGAGGCCGGGCCAUCCAAGGGCAAGGCCGGCGCCGGCGCCAAGUCCAAGGCCGCCGCCGCCGCCGGCGGCAGCAGCAAGGGCGCCGUCAAGGGCAAGGGCAGCAAGGGCGGCGGCGACGACGAUGAGGAGGCGGAGAAGGCGCGGCGACGGCGGCAGCGGGAGCGGCAGAAGCGCCGGAGUGAGGCGCGACGGAGCCUGGAGGAGGCGGCGCAGAAGGACGCGGAGGCGAUGAUUAAGGCGGCGGCGGCGCUGGCGGCGGCGGGCGGCAGCGGCGGCGGCAAGGGCAAGGGCGGCGGCAGCCCGGGCGGCAAGGCUGGCACUGGCGCUGGCGGCGGCGCCUCUGCGUCCGUCCUGCACCAGUCCAAGUGCGCAGACGACCUGGCCCUGCCUCCGCGCACGGUGCUGCUGCGCCGCGACCGCUUCGACGCCCUGGAGCAGGACUACUACAGCGCACUGUACACACAGAGCCAGGCCCAGUUCGGUGCCUACGUGGACAGCGGCACGCUGCUCAACAACUACGCGCACAUCUUCGACCUGCUCAUCCGCCUGCGCCAGGCCGUGGACCACCCCUACCUGGUGGUGUACUCCGCCUCAGCCACCAGUGGCGCCAACGCCAGAGGUGGAGGCGGAGGCGCCGCCGCCGCCGCCGCAGCCCUGCCGCCGCCGCCGCCUCAGUCUACCCCGCAGGGCCGCCGCAGCUCGGGCGGCACUGGCGGCACUGGCGGCGGCGGCGGCGGUGGUGGCGGCGGCGGCACGGGUGUUGCCAUGGCUCCGGACACGGGCGCUUACGGCAGUGCGGCAGCCCCUGUGUGCGGCCUGUGCCACGAGGAGCCGGAGGACUGUGUGGUGGCGGGGUGCGGCCACCCCUUCUGCCGCGCCUGCGUCAUGGCGUACGUGGACAGCGCCGUGCGCGCGGCCAAGUGCCCCACCUGCAACAAGGCCCUCACGGUGGAUCUCACCGCGCGCGGCCAGACCAUACCCGGCCUCGCCAACACCAACACCAACACCAACAACACUGGCGGCGGCGCCGUCGAAGACGACUACGCCCGCAGCCCUGGCGGCGGCGGCGGCGGCGGCUACAACGUGCGUGACGCGGCCCUGGGUGUGCUGGGGUACCGGCCCCGCAAGCAGUCUAUCCUCACACGCAUCGGCGACCUCAGCCGCUUCCAGACCAGCACCAAGAUUGAGGCGCUGCGGGAGGAGCUGGAGCGCAUGGCCGCCGCCGACGCCUCGUCCAAGGCCAUCGUGUUCAGCCAGUUCACAUCCAUGCUGGACCUCUGCCACUUCAGGCUGGAGCAGGUGGGCCUGCGCUGUGUGCGGCUGGAGGGCAGCAUGGCCAUGGACGUGCGGGAGCGCAUGAUCGACACCUUCAGCCGCGACCCCGGCGUGCGCGUGUUCCUCAUGAGCCUCAAGGCGGGAGGCGUGGCGCUCAACCUCACCGCGGCCAGCCACGUGAUGCUGAUGGACCCCUGGUGGAACCCGGCCGUGGAGCAGCAGGCGCAGGACAGGAUCCACCGGCUGGGCCAGUACAAGCCCAUCACGGUGGUGCGCUUCAUCAUCGCCGGCACCAUCGAGGAGCGCAUCCUCAAACUGCAGGAGAAGAAGCAGCUGGUGUUUGAGGGCACGGUGGGCCGGGACGUGGAGGCGCUGGGGCGGCUGACGGAGGACGACCUGCGCUUCCUGUUCGGGUAGAUGAUAGGGAGGCGGGCAGGCAGGCGGAGAUUGUGGGCGGAGGGAGGAAGGGAGAGAGGGAGAGAGGGAGAGAGGGAGGAGGAGCUGGGGAGGGGCGGAGGGAGGGAGGGAGAGGGAGGCGGAGCUGGGGACGGAGAUGCGGCGUGGUGUGGGAAUGGAGGAAAUGUGGAGAGGGGGGGCGUGGUGUGGUGUGGAGGCGGGAGGAGGUCCGGAGCUGUGUGGAGGAGUGGCCCGGCCUCCCACACACACACACAUGCGAGCGGGUGGUGGCGGUCGCCUCGGGGGGUGAGGCGGUGGGUCAGGUUGCGGCGAACGGCGUACGGCGGACAGCAGCACAGCAGGAGCGAGAGCUGUCGCAGCAGGAAAGGGCACCCGUGGGCGUGAGCUGCCUGCGGAUGGAGAGCAGCUGGAUUACGGCACUGUACGGCAUUGAACACUGGCGGGAUCGAGCAUGGAUUCUAGUUUGGUAUGUGAAGGGCAGGCGAGCGACUGAAUUGAUGACUGGGCGAGCGCGUGCGGUGUGUGGCGCGGCGCUGGGUGUACAUAUGUGGCAUGGGCUGAGGCCGAGGGUGUGUACAUGGCAGGGCGGUGAGGAGGGCGCCCCCCUCCCCUCAACUGCUGGCGGCACUGGUGGUGAUGGUGGACAGGCGGUGGUGGCGGUGAUGAUGGUGAUGAUGGGCACUGGCCAGGCAUUGGCGCGCAGGCAGGGGUGCGGCAGGAUGCAUGCCGGCACGGCGUGACAAGGGAACAGCGAGCGCAAGGCGCCGCUCUUACGGGGUGCCGGCCGCGUGUGGGGGCUGCCAGGCGGCUGCGGUUUGAGGGCUGCUUUGAUGAUGACAACGGGGUGAGUGAGCGGGUCGUGUUGUGAGAAGUGGACACGCAAGGGCAGCCAGCCAAGCUCAGGACGGCAGAACUUGUGGCAGACCGCAGGUUGGGGGCUGCAUACCGUACGAAAUUAAUGUACUGUAGGGUUACGAGGAGCGUGGAGUCAGUCCGCACUGUUGUAAUGGCGUCACCGG